GAGAGAUAGGAACGCAGGCUGCGGCCGGGGCAGCCUGACGGGGUCCUGGAGCCCGGAUGCAAGAUGGCGGCUCCCAUGGCAGGGCGGCUUGCGGCGCUGGGCCGUCGGCUGGCCGCUCCCGCGCGGGCCUGGCUGCCCGGGUUGACCCAGGUGAGAUGGAGCCGGUAUGGCCCCAGUUACCUCGAACCAGAAGUGAACAAGGAGGUGAACCGCAAACCCCUGGAGGAGCUGUCCGAGGAGGAGAAAACACAACGGGAGCUCAAGGCCCUCCAGCCCAUAAAAGCUACAGCUUCUAAUGUCACCAGCUCUGUGUUCAGUGACCCUACAAUCAGUAAAUUCACCAACAUGAUGAUGAAGGGAGGAAACAAAGUGCUGGCCAGAUCCAUCGUUACACAGACCCUAGAAGUCAUUAAGAGGAAGCAGAUUGAGAAAUACCAUCAAGCCUCUGAGGAGGAGAGGGACAGCAUUGAAUGCAACCCUUACAUCAUCUUCCAUCAGGCACUGAAAAACUGCCAGCCCGUCAUUGGGCUCUGCAACGUCCAAAAAGGAGGCAAAACCUACCAGGUCCCAAGCCCUCUGAAGGACAAUCGGAAACGCUUCCUCGCCAUGAAGUGGUUAAUUACUGAGUGCAGGGAACAUAAGCAUCAUCGGACAUUCAUGCCUGAAAAACUAUCCCAGGAACUGCUGCAGGCCUUCAACAAUGAGGGCCCUGUGAUCAAGAGAAAGCAUGACAUGCACAAGAUGGCCGAGGCUAACCGGGCAUAUGCCCAUUAUCGCUGGUGGUAGGGGACCCCCUGAGAGCAAGAGAGACCUUGCCUUAUGACAAGAACAUUUCCUCACACCCCUAUACUUGUGGAGCCCAGACCUGUGAAGAAGCAGCCUCUGUCUACUUUCUGCAGAGAUGAUGUAUAGGGGAGGUUGCCUGCCAGCUUCUGUUAACUGCUUCUAGGCUGGGUCCUUAAGCAGAGAAAAAUCAAGAUGAAAAAUGCAUCCACAAAAGCUUCAUUCCCUUAGAUGUUUUUCUGAGCAACACUAUAAAAUAUCCUCUUUCCUCCACCUACCUGCUUUCUGAGGGCAGGGGAGGGGAUGUCUUCAAGUCAGUCUACUAACAUGAUAAACAAGUUUUUGCUCGUUAGCAUCCAAGCUGGAAUGUAUUCUACAUUGUGAAUGUUCUUUGUGUGUGUCAAUGCCAGAGACAGAAAAGCACCUAGUUUGAAUUUUAGAUUGUUGCAAUACUGUCUGUUAGCAGAAUCAUUGUUUGACUGAGCACAUGUGAUCUGGAUGUUAAUGAGAAAAUAAAAAUGGAACCUCUCUAUCAUCCUCAGACUGACUGUCACCACAUCCUAGUGCUGGCUGUCUGCCUUAGGGUUUUGUACUGAUGCCCAUCACUCUACCAGAGCAGCGGUAUUUCUCAGUCCUCUAGUGGGUCAGCUAAAGGAAGGGUUAUUCUCUAGGAGAUGCCUUCCCACCUACACUCGGCUAGACAGAGUUGAAAUCCUUCUCUUGUCCUGUAAAAGAGCUGCUAGCACUUCUGUACCUGUUGUGCUUUGCUGGAAAGCACAGAGCACUUUUGCUCACUGCAAAGAAAAAGACUGAUAGUUUGAGGAGGAUGGGGAAGAAUUCAAUACCACAAACCUUGGCCUCUGUUUUGAUUUAAAAAUCUAAAUUCCGUGCUCACAAGCAACUCUGCCACCCUGUACCAGAGGAAAACUAACCCAUGGCAAUCUUACAGAAGAGAUCUUCGUGUCCUGUUUGUAGCUACCUCCAUAGUAGCCCAACACCCUAGAAAUGUUACAAAGCAAGAGCUCUGUGGAGAGAGAAAACAUGGUGUUCAUUAGUGGAAAACUUUUAUUAGAA